UAUCGAAACUAAUAUGCAUAGCCGGAAAGUUUCGCUCAUAUUUCUUGUAUUCCUGCUAGCGAUUUCUCAACUGGAAGGCUUCAACUACAAAGCACCUCGUGCAAAGGGCUACGACGAUCAGUGCAUAGCCAAUUUAUACGGAGACAGCAGCAGCUCUGGUGGUUCCGGUGGUUCUGGUGGAGCAGGUGCCGGUUGCGAAGGUUCUGAUAAGAAAUCAUGCGGCAGUACGUUGGGCAAGGGCGAUCCAAAAGCAAAAGCCUCAAAUAUUGCCCAGAAAGCGGCGCAGGAGGCCAAGGCGGCUAGCGAUGCACAAAUGGCCGCUGCCGAAGCCGCCGCCACACAAGUCAAAACGGAGCUGGCCGAGAAGGCGGCACAAUCCGCACGUGCCGCAGAGGCAGCACUGGCGGGUAAGCAACAAAUUGUGGAGCAACUGCAACAGGAAAUGACCGAAGCGGAUGCCGUGGUCACCGAGGUCACUGCCUCAUUGCAGAACACACAAGCCAAUGCCAACGCUGCCUCACAGGCCGCCCAAGAAGCCCAAAAUCAACUGAAUCAGUUAAAGCGAUUGGUAGCCGCCUGCACCGCCAAUCUGGGCAACAUCGAGAACGUCGCGAAUGGCGCCCAACAGGAAUUGGCCGAGAAGACACAACUUCUCGAAGCGGCCAAAAAUCGAGUGGAUGGUCUUUCACGCCAGCUCGUGGAUGCCCGCCAGGACUUUGAGAAAACCAAACAGGCGGCCUACAAGGCUGCUUGUGCAGCCGUCGAGGCCAAGCAGAAGGCCAGCAGGUCACGUCGAAUGGCCUAUUUCAGGCGAUAUUUCAGAAAACCUCCGAAAUUUGCGAGCGGUGCCAAGUUCUAA